UUCAGGCUUCUUCUCCCCUCGGUGGGUUCUCUCUCGCGUCCAGCUGGCCCCCCUCGUUUGACCGACCGUCGUCGACGACGAUGGUAAUGGUAAAUGGCCCGUGGAGAGGCUCUCCGGUCCGCGCCUCCACUGGAAACGGGAGCACGCCACGUGAAAGUAGGAAGGGGAGGCUAUAGCCGGACCGACGUCGCUUCGUGCGCCUCAGUCGUUCGUGGACCUCGAAGGACGAUAGAGGUCGAAGAGGGCACGCUUCCUCCUCUCUUCUUUCCUCUUCACGGCUUCGCCACCCGUCUGCUCUCCUUCCACGAAGCAUCUUUUUCCCGCGCGCCAACGGCCUUAUCCUCCUUAACGACCCGGUGGCGAGACACCACGAACGUCCACGCAAUAAGAUAAUCGCACGCAGACGUCCGCCCACUGCGCACCGAGAAAGUUGUCUCUUUGUAUACGUCCUGUACACGCUGGUUUUACGAUCGUGGCAAGAGCCAUCCGAACGGAUCUACGUCGACAGUAUACCCGAGGAUGCAACGUCACGUCUCCCUCGUCGUCGGGAUCGUCCUGCUGUGUUGCCUCCAAGAUUUCGUAACCGGCGCCUGUCCCCGAAUAUGCCCGCCGAGCGGAGAGCCGGUGUGCGGUAGCGACGGAGUGAUCUACGCGUCGCAGUGCGAAAUGCGGAAGAAGAUGUGUGGAAAGGGCGUGACCGUGGCUACGGAGAAGACCGCCUGCCUGAGGUCAUCCGGUAGCAAGUGCGAGCAUCGUUGCUCCGGCGAUCAGGAUCCGGUAUGCGGCACCGACGGUCGCACGUAUCUCAACAAGUGCAUGCUGAGGGUCGAGGUAUGCAGAGUGGGCAUCGAGCUGUCCCACCUGGGUCCCUGCAACAACAUAUCCGCGCACAGGGAGAACUGCCCCGUCUCCUGCGAGUUCGCGCCCCUCGACGGACCGAUCUGCGGUAGCGACGGGAACGUCUACAAGUCCACGUGCCAAAUGAAACUUCUCACCUGCGGACAAGGUGUGGUGCGUACGAACAAAAAGCACUGCCAGACCACCAGACACUGUCGCGAAUCUUGUUGGCGCGGUGCCAAGCCAGCGUGCGGCAGCGACGGGAUCCUCUACUCGAACACCUGCAAAAUGCGAGCGAAGAAUUGCGGCAAGCACGUGUUCGAGGUGCCGAUGUCGUUCUGCGUGUCCCGCGAGCGGACGUCGGGCAGCCAGCUGAACGCCUGCCCGCUGGACUGCAAAAACGAGCCGGACACGGUCAUCUGCGGAUCGGACGGGAACAUCUACAGGAACGAGUGCGAGAUGCAGAUGCUCAACUGCGGGCAAGCUAGGCGAAAGGUGACGGUGGUGGACUUCGAGAAGUGUCGACCGCGUUUGACCAAAUGCAUGAAGCAACAACAGAGGUGCGGGAACGACGUGGACCCAGUUUGCGGCAGCGACGCGAACGCGUACCCGAAUCAGUGUCACCUGAACGUGGCCGUGUGCCUAAAGGGCAUCCAAUUGGCUCACGUCGGCGAGUGCACGACCUUGAAGGAGACCGAACACUGCCCCGAAGACUGCAGCGAGGUGCCCGAGGAACCAGUUUGUGGAAGCGACGGGAACGUUUACCGGUCCCUUUGCCAUCUGCGGCGCGAGACAUGCGGUCAGAGGGUGGUUCAAGUUCCAGCGCAACAUUGUCGUACCACCGCGCUUUGCAACCAGAUCUGCAGCGGGGAGCGCCAGUUUGUUUGCGGUUCCGACAACAAGCUCUAUCGCAACGAGUGCGAGAUGAAGAGGGACAAUUGCGGGAAGCACGUGUACGUGGUACCGAUGAAGAGAUGCGUCCAAGGCUUUCUGUUCCGCGGUUGCCAGAAGAUCUGCCCGCCCUAUUACGACCCUGUCUGCGGCACUGACGGAAUGACCUACAGCAACGAGUGCUUCCUGGAGAUCGAGAACUGCCGCAGUCGAAGCCUAGUUACGAAGAAGUACCACGGCGUGUGCGGCCAACCGACGGAGGAGCCUAAGAAUUACUUGUACUAAAUCGAUGGAUUUCUAAUUGUGUCGAAAUCUAUGUC